UUCAAGCCUCUGCGCUGCAUUCUGCAUCCGUUAUCCAUUCACUGAUCAUGUCCAAGCGCCAGGCCGAUCAAGACGAUUUGCGUGAUCAAUCAAAGUCCACUGCUUUGAACGACGGUCACAACCGUCAGUAUGCUGGUGAAGUCAGCCAAAUGGGGGAAUUCGAAGAUGCUUGGGAAGACGAAUUCGAGGAAGAAGAACAAGUCGAAGAAGAUGAAGAACAAGCUAUGGACGAAAGUGGCGAAGACGCCGAAAUGAAAGACGGCAUGGAUGUCGAUGAGAAGGAAGAGGAACUGAAGUUGUAUCUUCCCGGCCAACCUUUGGAAGAAGGCGAAGUGCUUGAAGCUGAUCAGUCGGUCUACGUUAUGCUUCAUUCUUUGGAUGUGCGUCUUCCUUUCCUCAGUUUCGAUAUCUUGGAGGAUAAAUUGGGCGACGAACGUAAAAAUUUCCCUGCCACUUCAUACAUCGCCGCAGGUACUUCGAUGCCCGGUGUUCGCGAUAACGAGGUCUUGGUGAUGAAGAUGUCCAACCUUCACAAAACCCAACAAGAUGAUUCCGAUGAUGAGGAUGAUCCUGAUGCUUUGGAUGAGGAUCCCGUGCUGGAAUACAAAUCGAUUCCUCACAAUGGUUGUGUGAACCGAUUACGAGUGAUGCCUCAGCAAAAUGAAAAGCAAAUUGCUGCCACAUGGUCAGAAACCGGUAAAGUACAUGUGUGGGACCUGUCACCUUAUGUGACCAGUCUUGAUACACCGGGCUACAUGCUUCCCAAGUCGCAAAAACCCUACACUACCAUUCACAACCACGGCCGAAACGAAGGUUAUGCGCUAGAUUGGUCGAUUAUGGAUACCGGACGUCUUUUGUCUGGCGAUAACGCGGGUCACAUUUAUCACACGACAUUAACGCCUACAGGAAGCAACACGGACAGUGUCGCUUUCCGGGAUCACAAGUCAUCUGUGGAAGAUUUGCAAUGGUCACCUACCGAAAGAAACGUAUUUGCUUCCUGUUCGUCCGAUCAAACCGUCAAAAUUUGGGAUACACGCAACAAAAAGAAAUCCGCCAUCAGCGUGCACGCCAGUCGCUCCGAUGUGAAUGUCAUUACCUGGAAUAAGAAAGCUAGCUAUUUAUUAGCAAGUGGUCAUGACGACGGUAUUUUCAGUGUCUGGGAUCUUCGUACGUUCCAAAGUGCUUCGCCGACACCUGUUGCGACAUUUAAGUGGCAUAAUGGUCCAAUUACAUCCAUUGAAUGGCAUCCUACGGAAGAAUCCGUUCUGGCGGUAUCGGGAGCCGAUAAUCAGAUCACUUUGUGGGAUUUAUCUGUGGAACCCGAUGCAGAAGAAGAAGGCAGAAUCACCAGCGGGGGUAUUGAAGUGCCUCCUCAGUUACUAUUUGUGCAUCAAGGUCAAGAAGAUCCUAAAGAAUGUCACUGGCACAAGCAAAUUCCAGGCUGCGUUAUCAGCACGGCAAGUAAUGGUUUGAACAUCUGGAAAACCAUCAGUAUAUAGAGUUAUUCCCAUCCCGUAUUUAGAUCAAUCAGGAUGAUAUUUUGUUUGUUUGUUUUCUAAUGUUUCCAAAGAAAAAAUAAAUCAAAAAAGAACAAAGGAGAAGGGAAAGGCUAACGACCGACCGAGCU